GCAAGCUGUGUUCAAUCGUUCAGUUCCCUUUGACUUUCUCUACCUCCUUCUCUGACCUUAGAUUUUCGUGGGAAACAGAAUCUUACUGGAAAAGAAACGAAGAGGCAAAGCAAAAGAUACAUAGAGAGGGAAAGGAAAUAAAAGAACAGCUAUGGCUCCUCAUGGGCAGGGAACAGAUGCUAUAUUAGAACCCACGGUUGCUCAAGUUGAAAAGCACCCAAUUUCAUCUAUCCUUAUCAUCAUCGCUAUGCAAACAGAAGCUUUGCCAGUGGUGAAUAAGUUCCGGCUGACUGAGAACCCUCACUCUUUGUUUCCUAAAGGGGUACCGUGGGUCCAUUAUCAUGGUUCAUACAAAGAAAUUACAAUAAAUCUGGUUUGGCCUGGAAAAGAUUUAACUUUUGGGGUUGAUAAUGUUGGCACAAUUUCUGCCUCUCUUUUGACCUAUGCAUCUAUCCAGGCGUUGCAACCAGACCUGAUCAUAAAUGCAGGCACUGCUGGUGGUUUUAAGGCAAAGGGAGCAGUGAUUGGUGAUGUUUUUCUUGUAUCUCAUGCUGCAUUCCAUGAUAGAAGAAUUCCAAUCCCUGUUUUUGAUCUAUAUGGAGUUGGUUUGCGGCAGGUCUUCUCAACACCCAAUCUCUUGAAAGAACUUAAUCUAAAGAUUGGCAAAUUGUCCACAGGCGAUUCUUUGGACAUGUCCCCUCAAGAUGAAGCAUCAGUCACGGCAAAUGAUGCUACAAUCAAAGACAUGGAGGGAGCAGCUGUAGCCUAUGUGGCUGAGCUUUUGAAAGUCCCUGCAAUAUUUAUUAAAGCAGUGACAGAUAUAGUAGAUGGUGAGAAACCAACUACAGAGGAAUUCCUGCAGAAUUUGGCCUCAGUGACUGCCGCACUUGAUCAAUCAGUCACUCGAGUCAUCGAUUUUAUCAGUGGGAAGUGCCUGUCUGAACUUUGAUUUUGUCUUAUUUCUCAUUACUUUCAUCUGGAAAUAUGUGACAAUAAAACUUGCUAUUCUUAGAUCCAUGAGAUGCCAACAUUAUAGAUUGUUUUUAGGAUAAAAACAAACAACAAUUCAUAGUUUGACUGGGCACGUGUUUGAAUAAAACAGUCUUGAAGGUGUUAUAUAGUUAAGUUCAUUGUA